AUGCGCUUGACUCAGUCGCACACCCACCUGGACCAAGAGUCACCAACUCUUCUCGCAGACAUCAUAUCUCCGGUCAUGGAGUCAACAAAGCAAUUCCCUCAAUUCCCAAACCUUCCCCCCGAGAUCCGGCUCCUGAUAUGGCGCGAAUGCCUGCCAUUCCGAGUCUUCGAGAUCGAUACCCGCCCUCGCCGCGAAUGGCUGCUUCCGACUCCAAGAAAGCUGCCCCCAUGUACAUUCCGGUGGUCGCACGAGAAGAACUAUUCUCCACCCGUGAUAGCGCAAGUAUGCCGUGAAUCACGCGCUGUCGCGCUGGAGUCGCGGUCGAACGAGGAACGCAUGCUACAUGAACCUCCCUCUCGGUGGUUUAGCCCUCGCUUGAGCAUUGCAUUCAUGCAUGGGAAACCUGUCUUUAGCGACGACUGGGAGCAGGCAAUCAGCCGGGUCCCAGACUUGCAUUGGUACGCGGAUCGCUGCGGCGCAGCUGGGUUCGAUGCUUCUGUUAUGCAUGAGUUCGAUAACGAAGAGGGUUAUGCAGCCUGCAGGAACGGAUUUCUUGAUGCCAUCGCCGAACGGAAGGACUACCCCGUCUGUGUGGAAACAGUAGUGAUCCAUGCGAGCGUGGAAGCAGCGAGGAACUCGGGGCUCUUUGGCUUACUGGGCGACGCUCCCCUGCAGCUCGUUGACGCCACCGAUGCGAGAAAGAUUGCCCGGUUCCAGGCGCUGUGGGAGACCAACCUUCAGCGUGAUAUGGCUCCGGAGAGCUUUUUCAGAGACCAGACGGACUUCCAGUCCCGCAUUGUGCGGUGGAGCGAGGAGGUUGAGUCGUUUCUGGCGAUGUUCAUCCUUCGACGAUGA